UGUCUCCCUGUCUGUCUACUUACCAUGGUAAAGACAGCUGCCAAUACCAUCUCAUUCGUUGGCAUUCUCUUAAUUCUUGUAAUACUCAAAUGGGUCCUCCUAGGACUCAAAGAUUUGUACUCAAGCUUUCGGAUUGUACUCCAAACUUUCAUAGACCUGCUUCGCCAUGCAUGGAGGGCGGUUUAUGCAGAAGCUCAAAUUCAGAGAGUACUUUGCAGUGAUGAAAAUUUGGAGGAUGUGAAGCCAUCAAAAGAAGAGGAAAUGAUGCUGGCAACUGAGAAAGUUGAGGAGAAAAAGCUGUCUAUUGGAGAAGUGAAAAUGAUGAUGGAGAAAAUGGUAAAAAAUCAUGAAGAAAUGCUGGGUUCAGAUGAGAUUGAAGGCCUCUUCGAGGAGGAGGAACCAAGCCCUGAGGAAGUGAAACAAGCGUUUGAUAUGUUUGAUGAGAACAAUGACGGAUUCAUUGAUGCAUGGGAGUUGGGGAAAGUUCUCUACACACUGGGGCUUGUGGAGCCUUUGGAAGCAGAAUGCCAGAGCAUGAUCAGCGUCUUUGACGACAAUGGAGAUGGGCGGAUAGAUUUCAAUGAAUUUGUGAAACUUGUGGAGCACAGCUUCAACUAGCUCAAGAAGAGGCGGGAAUUUUAAUCUUUCAUAUUUGAAGCGGAAAUCUAAAACUGCACGAAAUGAGAGUGAAAUAAGUGUGACACAUCACACAACCAAGCUUUUGGAACAGAAACAACCACAGCAUAUCUUGAUAUAUCUGGAUAAGCAGCAUGUUUCAUUUUUGUUUUUAAUUAGCUUUAUUUAUCCAAUGGAGCAAUUCGUCAAGGAACUUGUAAACAC